GAAGCCCAGCUCAGCUGGAAGCGAAAAGCUCUACUCGGUGUGUUUUGCGAAGAGGACUUCGCUGCAGGAGGGAGACUUGGAGAUCAGAGGCGAUCCCUCCUCCCCACCUGCGGCUGAUCUCUGUAUUCCGUCUCUCCCUCCCUGUUAAGGAUGGCAACGUCUCGGCGCGGUGUUCGAAGGACGCGCAAGCUGCGCCAGUGGACCGUGGAGCAGGUGGAAAGCGGCCAGUUACCGGGGGUGGUCUGGGACGACCCUCCCCACAAGACCAUGUUCCGCAUCCCGUGGAAACACGCGGGGAAGCAGGAAUUCCGGCACGAGGAGGACGCCGGCUUUUUCAAGGCCUGGGCCAUCUUUAAAGGAAAGUACAGGCCGGGCGAGCCCCUUGAGCCUGCCACGUGGAAGACGCGCAUCCGCUGCGCUUUCUCCAAGAGCCCCGAGUUCGAGGAGGUGCCGGAACGCUCCAAGCUGGGGACCGCAGAGCCCUACAAGGUGUACCGCCUGGUGCCGCCGCCUGAGCAGGGCUUUGGGACCCAGCCCAAACUAAGAAAGCCAAAAGCGCCCAGGCUGGAAUCUUCCAACGGAUCCUCGGAGAAGGAGAAUGGCGAUCCUGAUAGCAGCCUCCCUCAGCCUCCAGCCGCCGUCUGCAGCCUGAAGAUGGAAUCCAGCUCCACGUUCGAAGCCAUCGCUAGCCAGGCCCCAAACGUAUUCGCCGCUUUGGUCGUCCCAAAUGGGGAGAUGGAACCUGAGUCCAUGGAGUCAGCACUGGCUGGGAAUGAGAUUGCUGCCUUCAACCAGAAGCCAGAACCCGACCAAGCUGUGCCCAUUUCAGAGAAUGUUCGAGGCAGUCCAGGGAACUUCUUCGUCAUCCUGUCCGUCUCCUACGGCGGCAAGGAGGUCCUGAAAGAAUUGCUGCCAGAGGGAGAGUUCCUGGUCACUUCCGCCGCAGCCCCUCUGGGAACGUCCGGCAACAGCAUGCUCCGGGUCGUGCUGCCGCCCGCCUCCAGUGUUGAGGACGCCCAGAAGAAGGCUGACGUCUGCCGGCUGCUGAAGGACCUGGAGAAGGGUGUCAUGGCGGCCAGCAACGCGGAGGGGAUUUUCGUUCAGUGCCGGGGCCGAGCCAGCAUCUUCUUGCGUGGUCCGGGGGGCACCCAGCCCCACAGGAAGCUGCCUAGCAACGCCUUCCUUCAGUUGUUCAGCACCAAAUCAUUUAAGUCAGCACUGCAGGAAUACUACCUGGGCCAUGGGCCUAAGCCUCAGCACCAAGUCACUCUCUGUGUCGGGGAGGAAUUGGGGCAGGACUGCGUAGACAGCAAGAGAAUCGUCAUUCAGAUGGAGCAGAUAUUUGCCUCGGCUGCAGUCUCUCCUCCCGUAGUCCAACCAGCUGCUCCCCAAGUCCUCUUGGUCGUUUCGGAGGCCUCGGCUGGGAAAUGGGAUGCUCCUGGGGCACCUGAAUGCUGAGAUGGCAAAGAAAUCACCUGUCCGGUCCCUCUGAUUUUGGGGGCUGCUGACCUGCUUGUGGUACAGUCCCAUCCGGGAUCUUGAACAGUUCCUCAGAGCGGCACUUCCUACUUCCUGCCUUAUUCUCUCG